GCUGUCACUUCUCCGCGUGACACCGGGGCCGCGCUUGGUGCCUCUCCGCCGCCCCCGGCCCCCCCCUUCCCAAAGUUUGGUUUUUGCCCCAUUUCCCUCUUUUCUUUUUUGCCUUUUCAGCCAAGAAGAUGGCGCAGCCGCCGAAGGCCUGCGUGCACACGGAGAACCUGGGCGCCGGCAAAGCCAUCGCCGUCCUCACCUCCGGGGGGGACGCGCAGGGCAUGAACGCGGCCGUCCGCGCCGUGGUGCGGGUGGGCAUUUACACGGGCGCCAAAGUCUACUUCGUGCACGAGCCGCCCGCUGGCACCCGCGCGGCGGGGAGCACGGCGCCCGUUUUCGGGGUGCCGGUGCCCGUUUUGAACGAUGAUUGUUUUCAUUUUGGGGGGGUGGGCGCCCCCCAGGGAGGCACGGUCAUCGGCAGCGCCCGGUGCCAGGAUUUCCGGACACGUGAGGGGCGCCUGAAAGCCGCCCGCAACCUGGUGAAGCGCGGCAUCACCAACCUCUGCGUCAUCGGCGGCGAUGGCAGCCUCACCGGCGCCGACACCUUCCGCGCCGAGUGGAGCAGCCUCCUGGCCGAGCUGCUGAAGACGGGGGGGAUCACGGCGGAGGAGGCCAAGAAGUCGAGCUACCUGAACAUCGUGGGCAUGGUGGGCUCCAUCGACAACGACUUCUGCGGCACCGACAUGACCAUCGGCACCGACUCGGCGCUGCACCGCAUCAUGGAGAUCGUGGACGCCAUCACCACCACGGCCCAGAGCCACCAGAGGACGUUUGUGCUGGAAGUGAUGGGUCGGCACUGCGGCUACCUGGCUCUCAUCACCUCCCUGGCCUGUGGCGCUGACUGGGUCUUCAUCCCCGAGUCCCCUCCCGAGGAUGACUGGGAGGACCACUUGUGCCGGAGGCUGACGGAGACCCGCCUGGGCGGCUCGAGGCUGAACAUCAUCAUCGUGGCCGAGGGCGCCAUCGACAAGCACGGCAAGCCCAUCACCUCCGACGAUAUCAAAAACCUGGUGGUGAAGCGUUUGGGCUAUGACACCCGGGUCACCAUCCUGGGCCACGUGCAGCGCGGCGGGACGCCCUCCGCCUUCGACCGCGUCCUGGGCAGCCGCAUGGGCGUGGAAGCCGUCAUGGCCCUGCUGGAGGCGACACCCGAGACCCCCGCCUGCGUCGUCAGCCUCUCGGGCAACCAGGCCGUGCGCCUGCCCCUGAUGGAGUGCGUGCAGGUGGUGAGUGCGGGGACGGGGACACGGAGCAGCUCGGGCUGCUGCCAUGCGAACCCGUCCGGCACGGUGCGAGCCCACCAAGCGUGGUGCGAAGUCGUGCAGCGCGCCGCAAGCCUGGCUGGCGUGGUGCAA